UGUGACGAAACACAAUUGUUUUGGAUUAUUAUGUGCCCAAUCAUUUUGCUUAUUGAGCAUUAAGUGUUUGAUGAAAGUUGUCCUAAUAUAAGCUGCACCUCUUUCUGCCUACUUUGCUUCAAAACCAAACAAAGUGUGUAGAGUUGAGGAGAAAGCAGACAAGAUGAGUAGCAUGCCUGCAAAAUUGUUGGUCACAAUUUUGUACAUCUUCUUGGUGUCUCUUCCUGUGCACAUGUCACCACAUGAUGUUAACACAGACACAAAAAAUCUCAGAAGAAGUAGUAGCAGUGGCCACAGGAGCAAAGGUACUGGUGGUGGUGGCUCAGCCAAAGGUUGCAACCACAGCAACAACAAUCUAUUGGACACAAACACCACCCCAUGUAAAAAAUCUACCACCAUUCAAGCAGUUCCAGCUUCACCCCCUCUUGUUUUUGCAGACCAAAGACUUCAAGUAGUGUAUCCAGUAAUCCAAAAGUUCAAAUCUUCCAUCACUUCUGAUCCUCUGGGGGUGACCAACACUUGGGUUGGAUCAGACAUAUGCAGCUACAGAGGCUUCUACUGUGACACUCCCCCUGACAAUAGUUCUGCCACUGCUUUGGCCUCUGUUGACUUCAAUGGUUUUCAACUUGCUGCUUCCACCCUUGAUGGCUUCAUUGAUAGCCUCCCUGAUAUUGCUCUCUUCCAUGCCAAUUCCAACAGUUUUGGUGGCACAAUCUCACCCCAAAUAGCCAAACUUCCUUACCUAUAUGAGCUUGAUGUUAGCAACAAUCAGUUAUCUGGUCCAUUUCCCUCUGCUGUUCUAGGCAUGACUGGUUUAACAUUCUUGGACUUGAGGUUCAACUUUUUCUCUGGGGCAGUGCCACCACAGAUAUUCAUACAGAACCUCCAAGUCCUUUUCAUAAACAACAACAUCUUCACUCAAGGGUUGCCAGAUAACUUAGCCACCACUCAGAUUCUCUUACUCACCUUAGCAAACAACAAGUUCAUGGGUCCUAUCCCAAAAAGUCUUCCCAAGGCUUUGGCCUCUCUAAGUGAAGUGUUACUACUUAACAACCAGUUAACAGGCUGUUUGCCUUAUGAGAUUGGUUUUCUUCAAGAGUCCACAGUGUUUGAUGCUGGGAACAACCAAUUGACAGGCCCUUUGCCUUUAUCUUUGAGCUGUCUGCAGAAGGUGGAGGUGCUCAAUUUGGGUGGUAAUCUUUUGUAUGGCAUGGUGCCAGAAGUGGUGUGUGCAGGGUUGGUGAAUUUGGUCAACUUUUCAUUAUCAAAUAACUAUUUCACACAUGUGGGGCCAUUCUGUAGGAUGCUGAUUCAGAGAGGGGUUCUUGAUGUUAGCAACAAUUGUAUUCCUGAUCUUCCCUUUCAGAGAUCAGUGUUUGAGUGUGCUGAGUUCUUUGCAACACCAAGGAUGUGUCCCUUCAUCUGGUUUUAUAGCCUCAUCCCUUGUAAGCUUCCUUUUCAAAAUCCCAUUCCUUAGAUGCUUAAGGCAUUUGGGUUGCAAUUCUUAUUUUGUAACUCAACUUUCUGAUGCUCCAUCCAUGUUCAAAUAAUUUCUGCAUUUGAAGCCAAUAUCUACAACAGAAAUUUGUAUGACUCAUUCUGGUCACACUAGGCAACAGUUAAUUUAGUUCUGUAUUUCAGUAAAUACAACUCCAAUCAAUUUGGUAUCAACAUCAGGAUCAACUUGAUUUCUGAUUUUAUUCUUAUACCAUUAGGGAUGAAAAGCAGAGAAUCUAAAUUUCCAAAGAAAGGGGCUUUUUCCAAAGCACACAUGGUCCUAGAAUUUAUGUUAAUGCAGGGAUAAGCAAUUGUUUGUCAGACAAAGUCAAUUUGUUUUUCUUAGCUACCACACUAUCUUGCUUUUUUCUUCUUUCCAUAUGAUGAUAACAUAAGUAAUGGCCUGGUCCCUCAUGUAUAAAAAGGAGCUCACAUGGCAAGUGAAAUAAAGACAAAUCAGUGAAAUUACAACAUUUCAUGUAUGGUUUCUGAAUAAAUGUUAAUUUAUUGAUA